AUGGGACGAACAUUGACCUAUCCGAAGGGCGUGUCCAACACCGCCAACAGAUAUAAGCAUCGAGCAACAUACGACCUGGGUCCAAUCCAUAAAAUCAUCAACGAUUCCCAAGUCGUCCAUGUAUCGUUCAACCCAGGCCCCGAUGACCCUUUCCCGGCCAUCAUCCCAAUGAUCGGGCAAAUGGGCUCAUUCGAGUAUCCCUCCGCUAGCAUCGACGAGCCCCUCGAAUGCUAUCUCCACGGAUAUGUUAGCUCGCGCAUCAUGAACCUUGCACGCAACAGCGAAGGCGAGGGCCUGCCUAUUUGCGUGGCGACCAGCAAAGUUGACGGGUUGAUUCUGUCACUUACGCCCAACUCUCACAGCUACAACUACCGUUCUGCUAUCUUACACGGCUAUGCUAGUCUUGUGACUGAUGAAGAGGAAAAACUCUGGGCUAUGAAGAUGAUUACGAACUCAGUUCUCGAGGAUCGGUGGGAUCACUCGCGUGUGCCGCCGGAUCGUGCUGAGAUGUCGUCUACUGUCAUUCUCAAGGUCAAGGUCGUUGGUGGUAGCGGCAAGAUUCGUGACGGCGGCGUGUCUGAUGAGCGCAAGGAUUACGAUAAUGAUCAGGUUACUAGUAGUGUCUGGACAGGUGUCGUUCCUGUGUGGGAGACGUUUGGUACUCCUGUUCCGAGUGGUGAUGGCAAAGUUUCCGAUGUGCCGGAGUAUAUUACUUCCUAUAUUGCCGAUAAGAAUGCUCAAAAUCGGGCCUUGGCGGAGGGUGCAGUGAAGAUUGUUCUGCCAGCUGAGGAGCAGCACUGA